CCGGGCUCUGGGUCUGUCCUAACUUCCGCGACCUAACUCUCGCGGCCGGGUUGUGGCGCUAAAGUCGAGUGUUGGUGCUCAGUCCACGGGACUCCGCGGACACGCAGGGACACGCAGGGGUACUUGUACUGCCUCCGGGAACACCAGUCUGCCUGGUUCCGUCCCUACUCCACAGGGAGGCCUCGGUCAUGUUCUUCAGGGCCCAGGUGAGGCGAGCUCUUCAGCGAGUGCCCGGCAAGCAGCGAUUCGGCAUCUACAGAUUCCUGCCCUUCUUUUUUGUCCUGGGAGGAGCGAUGGAGUGGAUCAUGAUUAAAGUGCGCGUGGGCCAGGAGACCUUCUAUGAUGUCUACCGUAGAAAAGCUUCAGAAAGACAGUAUCAAAGAAGGCUGGAAGAUACAUCAGAAACCAAUCUUCAUAAGCUAAUAAAAAUUCCAACGAAACCAUGGCAGUAAAAGAUCUCCUUUUCAAGAUCACCUUAACUAGGGUAACUACACAGGUCAUCUUUCUGUCCUUUUCCAAUUUGUAAGUUUUUGCUGUGUGUGUGUGUGUGUGUGUGUGUUGUUUCCUUAGUGACUACAUACUGCUCUGCUAGUGCAGUCUGC